AUGAAGUUCAAUAUUGCUACCGUAUCUUUGGUUCUUCUUGCCACCAGUGCUAUGGCUAUUCAUUCUUGUUCGAUAGAUUUGGCUCUUGAAAAGCAUUCUGGUAAAUACGAAGAAAGAAAAGCAAAAGAAGACACCACCAAGGCGAAAAAGGUUACUAAGAAGCAUAAUGCAAAUGAAAAGACCAAGAAAAAGGUUGCAAAGAAUGCUAAACACAUAAGCGUGAAAGAGAACCAAGCUGAAAUAAGCGAAAGACAAGGUGCAAAGAAGGAGUCUCAAGCUGAUUUAAAAGUUAAUAAAGACAGAACUAAACAGACUUAUUAUGAAAAGAAUUUGGACCACAAAAAAGAGAAAUUGCAACAUUAUAAAAGUAAACAGCAACACAAUAAAGAUGGACAAAAGAAAUACAAAGCCAAUGAAGCAACUUAUGGAUCUAAGGAUAAUAAACACACAAAUAAGAAGUUGAACCAAGAUACAUACAACGAGGAACAUGACACAAAGAUCAAGCAGAAUAACAAUGCGAAAGCUAAACUCUCAAAAGGAAAUGAGAAAUCACGUGAAAAGCAUGUGAAAGAUACUCAUAAGAAAGUGAAUACCGAUGAAAAGAAAGAGAAGGCUAGUGUUAAGAAUGAUAAAAAUGUAGAAAAGAAAGAUGAAGGUCAAGAAGAGGAAAAUAAUCAGCAUGAAGUUGAAGGAGAAAAGGUUCAAUAA